AUGGAUACCCAACCGCUGAAGUCAGAUCCCGGCAUCCUCGCAUCGCCUUUGCUGAUCUUCGUUGCAUUGAUGGUUCUUGGUGGGCCACUCCUGGCGAAUUGGAGGCCAGACGCAGUCGGCAACCACUUUGCACUGCGAAAGUACACCGGCAACCACCCCUACCACACCUUCCUGAUUCGCAGAUCGGCCGCGUGGAAGAUGCAGAGCUUCAAGACCUUCGCGCCGCUCGCGAGCGCUCCGCCGUCCACCCGACAAGAGCUGCUCUCACGCGCCGCCUUCCACUCCUUGGUACGGGGAAGGCUGAAUUUGAGGCGAGCUCUUGACAUUCUGGUUCUUACACUUCCUGCUCGGGCACUUGAGGAUGUCGUGUGGUUUGAUUUGGGCUUCCUCCUGUCGCAGACGUUGCUGGACGUCUCCUUUCUGGAUCGGCAACUCUUGGCCGAACUAGGCCAAAGCUUCGAGGCCGGUGAGCUUUAUUCCUUCCGUGUAUCGUCGUUCCCGACCUUCACACGCUGGCCGCACUGGGCACCGUGGGAGCUUUUGGACGUCGGAGCGGGGCUCGAAGUGGCGUCGGGCCAUGUGAGUGCAGAUGAGACCUUUGAAUGCCGCGGCGAUUCCGGCUCGAAUCGAGUGUGGACCCAAACCAACCGAGAUCUGUGCACAUGCCAGACAGCAGCUAGAAAGAUUAGAUCCGGCCGUGUUCGCAGCCGUCUCCUGGGCUCCCUGGCUGGUGCAGGCAGAGCCGCGGCAGAGCGCCAGAAAGAGAGGCUCCGUGCCAUGGGAAAAACUCCUGAGGCACCCUGGCUGGCACAGGGCAACCCUGGGCCCAGUGGGCUCCUUGCCACUGGUCCAGGUGCUGGUGCGCUGGUCAUCGGAUCCGAGGAUCUCCAGAAAUUGCGUGGAGCCUUGGGGCGUGUGGCCGACGAGCUGCAUUUGGUCUUGGGGCUCCUGGACCAGCACCUGGAGGCGGGGCUGCCGGCGCCGCUCCGUGAUGCUAGCAGCGUCUCGGAGGAUGUGCAGCUUCGGGUGCAGCAGGUGGAAGCCGCUCGGCGCGCGGCGGCUGAGGUGGCCGGCCGCGCCGCCGGGGUGGCGGGCACGGCGGCAGCGCUGGCAGCCGGCGAUUUCGUGCCGAUGCCGCGCAUCGAGGACAGCGGCGACGGGCGGGAGCCUCUUCCUCGUCCAGCGCCAGAGGCCAAGGGCGCCAAAACAGCGGUCACAUGGAUCAGUUCGGGUCUCACGCUCCUGUUUUGGGUUUGCAUCUUCUUCCUUGACAUCGUCAUCGUAGUCGGGAUGCAGAUCUUUCUGGAGUCCAUCGGCCGAAAGCGAACUGGUCGCGAGAUCAUGUCUCAGAAGGCCAUGGCCAACGCGCUGGCCAAGGCCGCCACGGGCGGCCCGACGGGGGCUCCCAUCCCCGAGCCCAGUGCAGCAGGCAGCCAGCGACUUUCAGUCCUCUCCCAGGAAGAGCUCUUGGCCCACCUGCUGGCAGAGCACUGGGUGAAGAUCGUCAUAGGCCUGGGCCUUGCCGUUGCUCUGCGACUGCCGCAGCUUUUCCUUAGCGAAGAAGGGGUCGUCUUCCACAUGCUCUUUACUUUGGUGACGGUCCUCAGAUGCAUGUCUCCUGUCAUGCUCUGGUUUCGCGACGAGAUGGGCUUGCCGAAGAAGGGCAAAUCAACGGCAACCAACACAUCGACUGGUGGCGUGCCCGCGGCGGCACCGCACAAGCACAGCCAGUAG